CGUAUCACAUGCUUCUUUAUUCAUUAUCGAUGUUGGCUAAAAGGCUCCGCGUCACUGCCAAAGGAUUGGAGGCCUCGAGGGGUGCCCGUCGCGCAUCUUCACGAGCACAGAGCCGCGGUGAAUAGACUGGUUUCGAUACCGGAUACCAACCUGUUCGCGAGUAGUUCCUCCGACGGAUGCAUCAAGAUUUGGGACGCCAGUAAGAUGGAGGGACGAAAUAUCGCUAAUCGUUCUAGGCAUGCGUACAUGCACAGAGGAGGCCCGCUGGUUGGCUUAACUGUAUGCGACCAAGGGCAAUCUUUAGCGAGCUCGGCGAGCACGUCCGGAACGGUAUUCGUACUUCGGAUCGAGCCAAACUCUAGUAAAAUGAGCCUGAUCGGCACUCGUCAAUUGGAUAUUCAGGAGGAAGGACCUGCUGUCGAUCUUCAGUAUCUAGAUUCCGGCUCGCAAUCGGUUCUUGUGUACGCCUCGUUGUACGGAUUUCUGGUAGGUUGGGACCUACGAUGUCCCGGCACAACGUGGCGCUUGGAAAACGACUUGAAGCACGGAGUCAUCACGUCGUUUUGCGUGAACAGUCAUCAGCAGUGGCUGACCCUCGGCACGAGCUCCGGUAUCCACACCUGCUGGGACUUGAGGUUUCAACUGCCGAUAACGAGCAUCAAGCAUCCGACAGGCGCCAGAGUGCGAAAGGUGAUAACGCAUCCGACGGAGCACUCGUGGAUAAUCUCGGCGGUGCAGGGCAACAACGAGAUCUCCAUGUGGAACCUGGAGACCGACCAGCGACAGAUGGUUCUGUGGGCAUCGAACGCCCCGCCGUUGAGCCGCACUCAAACCGGUCACACCGUGUGUGCCAUGUACGCCGGAUGCAUCGACUGCUCGGGCUUCCUCCUGGCCGGCGGCACCGACAUGCGACUACGCUUCUGGGACUUAAACAGACCCACCGCGUCCUACGUCGCCCUGCCCGCCGCUAACGAUGUCCUCACUCCAAAUUCACUGGCAUACGAUUUACGUUUGAUAGACGGAACGGACGUUGUGCAGGAGAUAUUGGUGGACGACGACUCCAAUCCGCUGUCCGGAAGUGACGCGAGAGGACGAAACACGGAGGAGAGCGGCCCCGAGACUCCACCCUCCGGUCAACACGACACGAUCUCCGCCGUGGCCAUGUCGAACACGUGCAUUCUCACCGGCAGCACGGACGGCCUGAUACAAGUCUGGAAAUGAUUGUUCUUCUCGCUCCCAAAUUCGAUUCCAAAGUACCUCGCACGUGCGACAAAAGAUUUUACCAGUGCAUUGCGGAAUUUCUCCCCGGUAAUAACGAAACCAUUGUGAUCCAAGUAAGGAAUAAGUUAUUCUAGAAUUGUUCAGGUAAAUUGUCCAGCGAUGCCGGACCGUAGUAUAAUUUAUUUAAGGGCAGUCGCGCGGAAGAAGUGUGAUGGCGACACAAUUAUGAUACUACAAUACCCCGUUUUCGCAAAAAAAAUUACCAUAUUUUUUUUAACAAUUUCGCAAUUGUUAUCAUUGAUGACAGGUCUUGUUGGAAGUUACGGUAGUAUCAUACGCAUCUCACUGUGCAAAAGAAAAGUUAACGCUACAAAUCAAAUUUAUUUUCAUUUAUAUAAUUUAAACAAAAAUUGAAAGUUCUAUUUCUAAAUAUAUAAUUUUAUAGAUUAACUGUAUAAAUACAAUUCUCUCAAUUAUAUUUAAAUUUGAGCUGUAUUUAUAUUGUUCAAUUUGCUUAGAUAAUGUGUUAAGAUGGCUCUUUUCGCUUUCUUAAACUACAAGCAUCAACGUGCACACAAUACCGCCGUGCUGUAUCGAAUUCUGUGAUCCUGAACUGUACAUAGAGUAUGUAAUAUACUUGAUAUUUAAGACUACCUGAUUACAAUUACGCAGUGGGGGCGUGCAUUUAAAAAAAAAAAACUUGAAUGUAAAUUUGCUUAUAAUGUAACGUAUAUAUAAAAAAUGUACAUAUAUAAUGUACAUAACUUAUUUUUAUACGUAAGAAAAGAGAAAAAGAAAGAGAGAGAAAGAAAACUAUAUUAGGGAGUAUUAUUGAUGUAUUAGGUAGAUGUGAUGGGCUUAGAAUGUCGAUUGAUGUUACACAGAUGACAGAUCGAUAGAUAGGCCUUUGAAGUAACUGUAUCUAAGUUAGCAGAUAUUUAGCGGGUCCGUACAUGCACUAGAAAUUUAACGCUGAAAGAUAUAAUAAAAGUUGUACUGACAUGAAGUGACUGCAUGAUGGAACAAGUCUCACGAAUGUCCGAGAAAGUAAUCUUCAUUUUUUACAGCUUUUAAUUCAUUAAAUUUAUUUUUUUCGAUUCUGAUACAAAGUUACUUUCUGCGAUAAGUUUCACAAUUUCAUCUUUUUGUUUUGUUUUUAAAUUGAACAGGUGCGAAUACGGACCGAGAAGCGAGGAGUAAUAAAAGUUCGCGUACAAAAAGGUGAUGUGGUUCGCGGACGAUUAUCUCCUCGCUUCGUACUUUACAUGGUGAACGCGUACCGUAAGUAGCUAUGUAAUCACGAAUAUUUAUGUAUACUAGUUUGUCACACACGCGGACACAUACGUACACGUAACCACAUUGACUGAAAAAUACUCUUAACCCGGUGGACAUAUACUGUCUACGUUGUUACAAUAAAUUCAUAUUUUUAACGCA